ACAAUUAAGAGAUUGUGUGAGUCUCAGAAGAGAUUUUGAACUUUGGAAUUUUAAACAGUAAUGGCUGCCCACACUAUACCAUUGGAGAAGAUUUAGGGCCAAUUCCUAGCUCUAUAGAAAGCAGUUAUGAUCAACUGGCCACAGAUGUCAUGAAUGACUGAGAAUGAAUGGAAGAUGUCACACCUGUAAUUCAAGCAGUCAGAAGGCUGAGACAGGAUUGCUGGGAAUUCAAGGUGAAGCUGGACUAUUUGAAUGUGGUGUGAGACCAUUGUAUGAUAGCAGAACUCGGUACUCCAGGAUCAUCGGAGGGCAGGAGGCUGAGGUGGGGGAGUUUCCAUGGCAGGUGAGCAUUCAGGAAAGCAAGCAUCACUUCUGUGGCGGUUCCAUUCUCAGUGAGUGGUGGAUUCUCACCGUGGCCCACUGCUUUUAUGCUCAAGAGCUUUCCCCAAUAGAACUCAGAGUCAGAGUGGGAACCAAUGACUUAACUACUUCACUCGUGGAACUGCAGGUCACCACCAUAAUCCGGCACAAAGACUUUAAACGAUACAACAUGGACAAUGACAUCGCCUUGUUGCUGCUGGCCGAGCCCUUAACGUUCAAUGAUCUGACCGUGCCCAUCUGCCUGCCUCUCCAGCCCGCCCCUUCCAGCUGGCACGAAUGCUGGGUGGCAGGAUGGGGCAUAACCAACUCAUCUGACAAAGAAUCUAUGUCAAUGGAUCUGUUGAAGGUGCCCAUGCAUAUUACAGAUUGGAAGGAAUGCUUACAGAUAUUUCCCAGCCUCACCACAAACAUGCUGUGUGCCUCCUAUGAUAAUGGGAGCUAUGAUGCCUGCCAGGGCGACAGUGGGGGACCACUUGUCUGCAACACAGAGCCUGGCGGUAGGUGGUACCAGGUGGGCAUCAUCAGCUGGGGCAAGAGCUGUGGACGAAAAGGCUCCCCAGGGAUAUAUACUGUAUUGGCAAACUAUGCCCUGUGGAUUAAGAACAUAACCCAGAUAGAGGGGAAGCCCCUGGAUAUUAAGAGUCAGAGGGUCUCUGUCGAGAACAAAAUCAAAAAGAACAACCAGUUCUCCAAAUGCCCUGCCCUGAACUUCUCCCAAAGCUGGCUCCUGCCCUGGCUCCUGUCCUUUGCACUGCUUAGAGCCUUGUCCAACGGGGAAUAAAACAAUGCAGUCUCUGACCCCUGCCAGGUGAGUUAGAGUGUGCUUUGGGGCUUGCUACAAAUCUGAGCCAACACUGAGGUCUUGGAGGUGUAGACAGAAGAGAACCCCAAAGAUAGGCUGACGUCCUGGUUCACAGACUAAAUGCAAAUAUAGCCAGGUGGGACAUACUGUUGACAGCUCUCUCAACUGAACCCGGUUGUCACUCUUGGUCACCUGCCAGUUCAAGCUAAGUUCUUGUGGGAGGGGCCUUAUCUAGCUAGUGAUUUGUUUGGGUAGUAACUAUGAGACCUUUCAUUCCUCCUAUUUGAAGUCCCUUCCUCCCCAUCACCCUUGGAAGCAGGGAAAAGGUUCAGUGGUUAAGGGUGCUUGCUGCUCUUGCAGAAGACCCAGGUCCAGUGCCCAGGACCCACAAGGCUGCUCAUAGUCACCUGUAACUCCAGGUCCAUGGGAUCAGAUGUCCUUAUCUCACCCCUUUGUGCUCCUACACACUUGUACACAUACCUACAUUUGGGU